AUGCGACCACCAACACCCAUCAAUUCAAUGGUUCGCGCUUGGUUACUGUGUGUCGCCUUGUUAUCCACGUCCGUCUUGACGCUUUCUCGGCCUGAUUUGAAACCCAGUCCCGCGAUCGCGGCCGAUCGCAAUGAUAUCACCACUUUGCGAUCGCGGGCCGAGAAUCCUUUCCUACUCCGAAUUAUGCCAUUAGGCGCAUCCAUAACCAAUGGUUAUCGAUCAACCGGGCACAAUGGCUAUCGGAAUUAUAUAAGACAACAGCUUCGCUAUAAGGGCUGGAAUGUCGAGAUGGUCGGGAGUUUAAGAAAUGGCACGAUGAUUGAUAAUUUCAAUGAGGGUCAUUUCGGCUUUAGAGUUGAUCAGCUAUCAAAGGAAGCUGUAAAAACUACCCCUCAACAACCUAAUGUGAUCCUGAUUAAUGCUGGCACCGACGAUGCCUUACAAAAUUACAAGGUUGGCACCACGGGAGUCCGAAUGAAUUCUCUUCUAGACUUGCUCUUUGAAAAAGUUCCCGAUACGACCAUCAUUCUCUCAACACUAUUGCCAAACAAAGAUAAGCCAGAGUUGGUCGGAUGGAUCAGUGAUCAGUAUCGUGCACUUGCUGCCAAGCGUCGCAAGAGCGGCGACCGAGUCGUCCUGGCUGAUAUGAGCUCUUUCAUUCCCCUUGAUGAAUUGGCAGACGCAACCCACCCGACAGACGCUGGGUAUAAGAGAAUGGCGUCGGUUUGGUGGGCCGCAAUCGAGGACGCUUUCCAAGAAGAUAUGAUUCAACAUUACAACUACACCAUCACAGCUAAGCUGGAAAAGGCAUUGGACAACAGCACCAGCAAUCCUAAUCUGCCCUCCUACACGGCUCCUGCUCAGCCUACGAAUACAAAUAAUGCGCUUUCUCGUUCUCCCCAGGCAGUAUUGCCUACAGUUAUUGUUCAGCUGCUUGGU